AUGACCGCCGUUUGCGGGCUAAGUCGAAACUUCUGGCAGCUCUUUCUCGCCCGAGUUGGUGUGGGGGUCGGAGAGGCGACGCUUUCGCCGGCUGCCUAUUCGAUGAUGGCAGAUUACUUUCCGCCGCAAAAACUGGCCAGAGCAGUCAGCGUCUACGCCAUGGGUCUGUAUGGUGGCGCAGGACUUGCAAUGUUGGUCGGCAGCGCGGUGGUGUCGUUAGUCAACACUGCCGGCCCGGUGGACCUGCCAUUGAUCGGCACCGUCUACUCCUGGCAGCUGACAUUUUUCGCUGUGUCGUUACCCGGCAUCUUGGUGGUUGCCUUGAUGGCCACUGUGAAAGAACCGAAACGACGGAAUUUUUCUGGCGGUCAGAUCCUAGCGGCUAAACCUGAACCAGUUCCGCUGAGCGAAGUAUUCAGGUUUAUGCGCCGCAACCACAAGAUCAUCAUUGGUCACUUCGGCGGUUUUCUUGCGCUGGGCACUGUUAUCAGCGCCUACCUGGUUUGGACCCCUGAGUUUCUUCGGCGCAGCCACGAUAUUUCAAUCUCAGAAGCCGGUUUCAUCUACGGAAUUGCACUGCUGGUUUUCGGCACCGCCGGGCCGUACGCUGGUGGUUGGCUGGCAGAACGCUUCAACAACACGGGUCGCAAUGAUGGUGAGAUGCGCGCUGCGCUGAUCGGCGCUCUCGCGAUGAUUCCGCUAACCAUUCUAACGCCGCUGAUCCCGGGCAAAGUCCCGACAAUCAUUUCGCUCGCGCUGGUUACUUUCGCGCUAUCGUUUCCGCAAGGUCUGGCACCGACAAUCUUGCAGCUUAUCGCGCCCAACAGGAUGCGGGCACAAUUGACGGCAGUCUUCAUGCUGAUUGGUGUUCUUGCCGGUUACACCAUUGGGCCCACCUUCGUGGCGAUGACCACAGACUACCUGUUCCAAGAUGAUGCUGCGCUACGUUAUUCGCUAGCCAUUGUCAGUGCCGUGCUCACACCGAUCGGCGUACUUUUUCUAUGGUAUGGACUGAAGCCUUUUGCCGAGCGGCCUACCGAUCCAGAGGCUUAG